AUGGAGGGGAGGUUGUGCUCAGCCCAAAUCUGGGACAAAGAACAGCGGGGGUCAGGGACUGGAACUCAGGAGCCUGCAGUGAGAUCUGAUGACCACGGCGAGGACACAGCAUUUGACCUUUUCAGCAUCAGCAACAUUAACCGGAAGACCAUCGGUGCCAAGCAGUUCCGAGGGCCCGACCCCGGUGUGCCCGCCUACCGUUUUGUCCGGUUUGACUACGUCCCCCCAGUGAAUACAGACGACCUCAACAGGAUCGUUAAGCUUGCAAGGAGAAAGGAGGGCUUCUUCCUCACAGCCCAGCUGAAGCAGGACCGCAAGUCUCGGGGAACACUCCUGGUGUUGGAAGGUCCCGGCACCUCCCAGAGGCAGUUUGAGAUUGUGUCCAAUGGCCCAGGGGAUACCUUGGACCUCAACUACUGGGUAGAAGGCCACCAGCAUACCAACUUCCUGGAGGAUGUGGGUCUGGCUGACUCCCAGUGGAAGAAUGUGACUGUGCAGGUGGCCAGUGACACCUAUAGCCUGUAUGUGGGCUGUGAUCUUAUUGACAGUGUCACCCUGGAAGAACCGUUCUAUGAGCAGCUGGAAGCAGACAAGAGCAGGAUGUAUGUGGCCAAGGGUGCAUCUCGAGAGAGUCACUUCAGGGGCUUGCUGCAGAAUGUCCAUCUCGUGUUUGCAGAUUCUGUGGAAGAUAUUCUAAGCAAGAAAGGCUGUCAACACAGCCAGGGAGCUGAAGUCAACACCAUCAGUGAACAUACAGAGACGCUCCACCUGAGCCCUCACAUCACCACAGAUCUGGUGGUCCAGGGUGUGGAGAAGGCACAGGAGGUGUGUACGCACUCCUGUGAGGAGCUGAGCAACAUGAUGAACGAGCUGUCUGGAUUGCACGUCAUGGUGAACCAGCUGAGCAAGAACCUGGAGAGAGUGUCUAGCGAUAACCAGUUCCUUCUGGAGCUCAUCGGGGGCCCUCUGAAGACAAGAAACAUGUCGGCCUGUGUGCAGGAGGGACGGAUCUUUGCAGAAAACGAAACCUGGGUUGUGGAUAGUUGUACCACCUGCACCUGCAAGAAAUUUAAAACAGUCUGCAAUCAAAUCACCUGCUCACCUGCAACUUGUGCCAACCCAUCUUUGAUGGAAGGCGAGUGCUGUCCAUCCUGUUCCCACUCUGCAGACAACGAUGAGGGCUGGUCUCCAUGGGCAGAGUGGACCGAGUGUUCUGUCACCUGUGGCUCUGGGACCCAGCAGAGAGGCCGGUCUUGUGAUGUCACCAGCAACACCUGCCUGGGCCCCUCCAUUCAGACAAGGACAUGCAGUCUGGGCAAAUGUGAUACGAGAAUCCGUCAGAAUGGAGGUUGGAGUCACUGGUCACCCUGGUCUUCGUGCUCCGUGACUUGUGGAGUUGGCAAUGUCACCCGCAUACGUCUCUGCAACUCACCAGUGCCCCAAAUGGGCGGCAAGAACUGCAAGGGCAGUGGCCGGGAAACCAAGGCCUGCCAGCGUGCUCCGUGCCCAAUUGAUGGCCGCUGGAGCCCCUGGUCCCCUUGGUCAGCCUGCACAGUUACCUGUGCUGGAGGGAUCCGUGAGCGCACACGUGUUUGCAACAGCCCUGAGCCCCAGUAUGGAGGGAAGGAUUGUGUCGGGGAUGUGACAGAACACCAAAUGUGCAACAAGAGGAGCUGCCCUAUUGAUGGAUGCCUAUCCAACCCGUGUUUCCCUGGAGCCAAGUGCAACAGCUUCCCCGAUGGCUCCUGGUCCUGUGGUUCCUGCCCAGUGGGCUUUCUGGGCAAUGGCACCCACUGUGAGGACCUGGAUGAGUGUGCUGUGGUCGCAGAUAUCUGCUUCUCAAUUAACAAAGCUUCCCGCUGUGUCAACACCAACCCUGGCUUCCACUGCCUGCCUUGUCCGCCACGCUACAAGGGGACCCAACCCUUCGGGAUUGGCCUGGAGGAUGCUAAAACAGAAAAACAAGUAUGUGAGCCAGAGAAUCCGUGCAAGGACAAGACUCACAACUGCCACAAGCAUGCAGAGUGCAUCUACCUGGGCCACUUCAGUGACCCCAUGUACAAGUGCGAGUGCCAGACUGGCUAUGCAGGUGACGGGCUCAUCUGCGGGGAGGACUCAGACCUGGACGGUUGGCCCAACAGCAACCUGGUGUGUGCGACCAAUGCCACCUACCACUGCGUCAAGGACAACUGCCCCAAACUGCCAAAUUCUGGGCAGGAGGAUUUUGAUAAGGACGGAAUCGGAGAUGCUUGCGACGAGGACGAUGAUAAUGACGGCGUGAGCGAUGAGAAGGACAAUUGCCCACUUCUCUUCAAUCCCCGCCAGUUAGACUAUGAUAAGGAUGAGGUUGGAGACCGCUGUGACAAUUGUCCCUAUGUGCACAACCAAGCACAGAUCGACACGGACAACAACGGUGAAGGGGACGCCUGCUCUGUGGAUAUCGACGGGGAUGAUGUUUUCAAUGAGCGAGACAAUUGCCCGUAUGUCUACAACACUGACCAGAGAGACACAGACGGUGACGGCGUCGGGGACCACUGUGACAACUGUCCUCUGAUGCAUAACCCAGAUCAGAUGGAUCAGGACAAUGAUCUCGUUGGAGACCAGUGUGAUAACAAUGAGGACAUAGAUGAUGACGGCCACCAGAACAACCAAGACAACUGCCCAUACAUCUCCAACUCCAACCAGGCUGACCAUGACAAUGACGGCAAGGGCGAUGCCUGUGACUCCGAUGAUGACAACGAUGGUGUUCCAGAUGACAGGGACAACUGCAGGCUUGUGUUCAACCCAGACCAGGAAGACUCAGAUGGCGACGGCCGAGGUGAUAUUUGUAAAGAUGACUUUGACAAUGAUAAUGUCCCAGAUAUUGAUGACGUGUGCCCCGAGAACAACGCCAUCACCGAGACAGACUUCAGAAACUUUCAGAUGGUCCCUCUGGAUCCCAAGGGGACCACACAAAUUGAUCCCAACUGGGUAAUUCGUCACCAAGGCAAAGAGCUGGUGCAGACAGCAAACUCGGACCCUGGCAUCGCCGUAGGUUUCGAUGAGUUUGGGUCUGUGGACUUCAGCGGCACUUUCUAUGUCAACACUGACCGGGACGAUGACUACGCCGGCUUCGUCUUUGGCUAUCAGUCAAGCAGCCGCUUCUACGUGGUGAUGUGGAAGCAGGUGACCCAGACCUACUGGGAAGACAAGCCCAGUCGGGCUUACGGCUACUCUGGUGUGUCACUCAAAGUAGUGAACUCCACGACUGGUACUGGCGAGCACCUGAGGAAUGCCCUGUGGCACACGGGAAACACGGAAGGCCAGGUUCGAACUCUGUGGCAUGACCCCAAAAACAUUGGCUGGAAGGACUACACCGCCUACAGGUGGCAUCUGAUUCACAGGCCUAAGACAGGCUACAUGAGAGUCUUAGUGCAUGAAGGAAAGCAGGUCAUGGCUGACUCAGGACCAAUUUAUGACCAAACUUAUGCUGGUGGACGGCUGGGUCUGUUUGUCUUCUCCCAAGAAAUGGUCUACUUCUCGGACCUCAAGUAUGAGUGCAGAGAUGCCUAGAGAGCAGGGUCCAGCUCCAGCAGUGUGCUGCCAACACCCCUUCCUGGACGCAUCGGUUCAUCUAGGCCCUCGAAGCUCUUCUGCCAUGCAGCAUUUCCUGUUUCUUGACCUUACCUGAGUGGAUCUUCACCUCCUUCAUCAGCACUGAGGCCCAGGGCCUUCCGAGGCUAAGCACCUAGGGAGCCCCAAGAGGAGCAUCAAGCCUGCUGCUGGGGACCAGUUGGAGGAGACUGAGGCUCCCUGCGGAGCGGACACCGAGCUGUCCCUACAUUGCCCUUUCUUGUUUGUUUAAAAAGAAUGACGUUUACAUGUAAAAUGUAAUUACUUGCAGUAUUUAUGUGUAUAUGGAGUUGAAGGGAAUAUUGUGUAUAAGUCAUUCUCAUAAAUUAAGCAUGAAAAAUAAUCGCUCACCUACUUUCAGUG